GUCGUAUGAGAUAAUCAACGAGAAAGGCGCGAUACGGCUACACUUAAUCUUGCGUUAAAUAUGCUACUCACUUCUACUUCCUUGUUUACUCGAGAAUAAGAUUUAGGUUUUUAAACAAGCCAAUUAUAUAAACAUCGUUGCUCCAUUGAUCGCCCUCUCGCGUUUUCUGGUCAGCGCAAGAAAAAUACCGACACGAUGUUCAACUGAAGAAUGUAUCAAGUCAGCAAAAGAUCUGACCAUCUGACAGGGUUGGAAGUUAGAAUGGAUGCCCACCAGAUUUUUGAGGAGUUUUUAGACUGGUCAUCUGAGAAUAGAGGAUCCAACAUUGUUGGCCGAUCACGGAGUGACCCUCACCCAAAUAAAGUCAAUCUUAAAGUUAGUGACGCUGGACAAGGGAAGGUUAUUUUCAGGAGUCAGACAAUACCUCCAAUACAUCGUGGGUCUGAAGGCUGCAAUCCCAAGAAAGACAACCAGGUUGCCAGAAAGGAAAAUAACCAUACUGUUUCAUCUGCUGAUUCAGAAGGAGAAAAGCCUCAGUCAGUGUCUACAAGAAAGAAAAAAAGCCCAUUUAAAAGAGCUAAAGAAAGGCUUGUUCAUCUGUUUCAUAGAGAUCAGAAAACUGGUUUGGCAAAAAAUGUUCAAAAUAAUCAGGAGUCUCCAUCAAGUAAAAAAAAAAAAUCUAAGCCUGAAACAACUAGGGCAAAAAAAGAAAAUAAUACUCAAACUGCAAGCAAUGGUACCCACAAUGGCAGCAAACAUUCUACCCAGCUCCACACAGCUUGCUUGGAGGGGGAGGCACACCCCAGAUUGGCAGAAGGCACUAAAGAAUGCAAUGAUGACAUAUUGCUAGUGGGCUGUUCUUCCUCAACCAAACCUGCCACACCAACCUCCUCAUCUAAUUAUGCAUUGUCAGAUGACACUAAAGAUUCAAUCCCUAAUAUCCUCUCUAGUAUACAAAGCAAUGCCCUUGAUAGCCCUGCUGAUGACAUAUCCUUUAUUGAUGUUGAAGAUAAUAUAAACACUCCAAACCCACCAGAGCUUUCAAAAACUGUAAAGCAACCUAGCCUUAAGCAUAGAACUUGUUUAUCUCAGCUGCAUGAUGUUAUAGCAACUCAUCAAACUGCAGAGCUGGGAGAAGGUGCCGUGAUUAUGUGUGCUGAUGUGUCUAUAACUGUACCUGAGGAAGAUGUUCCAGAUGGUUUUAAUGCCCCUUUGGUGCCAACAGCGAAAGAUUCUGACUUGAAACACCCUAACGUUGAAGGCCCUAACAAGGAAGUGCCGUAUGGAAAAAUUGCUAAGAAACUUGCAGAGAUGGCGGAUUCUUAUUCAUCUGGGUUGUCUGAUCCAAGGGGAGCUACUGCAGCCACACCAGAUUCACUUUCAACACUAGAAAAUGAAAUAAUGAUGUGUCUAAGGGACAUUGGUGAUCGCAACUCAACUCACUUGAAUGUAGCUAUUGAAGAAGUUGAAGAGCGCACUACACAGGAAGCUUAUCAACGCUUUCGAAGUACUGUCCAGAACUCAAUAGGAACUGAAAUUAGUUGGAACCAUUUGGCUUUUCUUUUUUACACCACGAAAGGUGUUAUUUCUGCUGUUGGCCGGGGGUCAAAGGUAGCCUCAAAGGCCAAAGAAUUUACACUACAAUACAUUACUGAUACGUGCGCUUCCUGGAUUAUGGAUCAAGGUGGAUUUGACAGUGUACUAAGCAGCAGUGAAUCUGAUUAUGACCUGGAUUAAUUUUAUACCAACCUAAGGGGAGGGGGGUCUAAAUUUUAACUGCAAUGAAUUUAAGAUGGAUUAGUUUUUAUAGAUGACAAUAAGAAAAAAGCAGUGUAGCUUUAGAAUCAAGUUAUUGGACAUGUCUGUGUAGCUUUAGAAUCAAGUUAUUGGACAUAUCUGUAGGGCACAGUCUGACAGGCCUCCAAUGGCAUGGGCAGGUCAGGGCAGUCUGACAGGCCUCCAAUGGCAUGGGGAGGUCAGGGCACAGUCUGACAGGCCUCCAAUGGCAUGGGGAGGUCAGGGCACAGUCUGACAGGCCUCCAAUGGCAUGGGGAGGUCAGGGCAGUCUGACAGGCCUCCAAUGGCAUGGGGAGGUCAGGGCACAGUCCGACAAUAAAUCAACUCAACAGGUUUGGAGUGGAAUGCAUAAACAUGGUGAAGUGUGUGGAUAAAGUUUAACUGGUUUGUUGUAGCUUGCUUAGAAAAUAUAACUACAAAGCCAAUGGAUUGGCUGGGGCGAAUUAAUCCAUUUGUUUAUGGUUUCUUUAGGGGUUAUCCAUUUAUGACAUCCAUGGGGAGGGGUUGUCAUAUAUGGACGUACCCUAAUUUUUAUAAAUAAAGCCUCUUUGGAAAGCGAGUAAUUAAGUAAACAGAAAUUGAAACCAUGAACCGGAGGAGGGGUUAUUCAUUAAUCAUUAAAAAUACAUUCAAGGAGUGCAGAAAAUAAUACUAUUACAAGUAAGGAGAACAAUACUGUGGUAGCACCCCCCACCCCCAAAUGGGUUUAAUACUUUGCAUGCGCUUUUGGUUGGUAAUGGGGAAAACGCUUGAAAUUUUUAAAAAUACUUAUACUUUGACAUUUAAAACAUACUAAUUUUUUUCACCACAGGCUACAUUCUACUUUUAAUAUUUAGGCCUAAAAAUAAACAGAAAAUAUUAAAGCCAUGUAUCAGUAUUGAAUAGGAAAUGGGUAGUAAGUUUUGAGAGGUCUAUUACAUUGUUAGGACAUCCACAUUGGGGAGGGGGUGGGGGUGGAUGUCUAAAAAUUAGACACUUUGUGGACGUCCACAUGUGGGGGGGGUGUCUAAAAUCCAAAAUGUUUGUAGACGACGUAAAUUAAUGAGCCGUUAGAGCUCUCUCAUUUAUAUUAUAUAGUAGAUAAAUUUUUAUAUUAUAUAGUAGAUAAAUUUCAUUAAAAGUUGAGUUGUACAAAGAAGAUGUUUAGUUAUCGUGUGGUCAGAAGUUGUGCCUCAUUUACUAGGCCUUGUGGCAGUCACUAGGCAAAUCUGGCAGCAUUAGUGGGUAUUCUGAAACAGGCAAUGACAUAUUAUGUACUGCAUGACUGCACCAUUAGUUUUGGAUGCAUAAUAUUAGUUGUGAGCUGAUACAAUGAAAAUUGUUAUUGUGAAUCUGUACUUUGCGUCAAUAAUCUUGUUUACCUCUUUAUCACAAGUUUCUCCAAACUACACAAAAUUAGCCACUACUAAUCAUAACUUUUAUCACAAGUUUCUCCAAACUACACAAAAUUAGCCACUACUAAUCAUAACUUUUAUCACAAUUUCUACAAACUACACAAAAUUAGCCAUUACUAAUCAUAACUUUUAUCAUAAGUUUCUCCAAACUACACAAAAUUAGCCAUUACUAAUCAUAACUUGUUUACUGGUUUACUGACAUAAAAUUGUGUUGAAUGGGUAAAAAGAAAAAAAUUAGCAGUUCCUAAAUACAAAUACAUGUUCAAGCUGGACAGAUUAGAGAUUAAAUGAUUUGUACGGAUUAGAGACUUGUACAGAUCAGAGACAUGUACACUUCAGAGACUUGUACAGAUUAGAAACAUGUACAGAGACUUGUACAGAUUAGAGAUGUGUACAGAGACUUGUACAGAUUAGAGACAUGUACAGAGACUUGUACAGAUUAGAGAUGUGUACAGAGACUUGUACAGAUUAGAGACGUGUACAGAGACUUGUACAGAUUAGAGACAUGUACAGAGACUUGUACAGAUUAGAGACAUGUACAGAGACUUGUACAGAUUAGAGACUUGUACAGAGUUUGUACAGAUCUGAGAUGUUUACACUUCAGAGACUUGUACUAAAGCUAUUUUCUACAAGUAGAGAACAUUCCUUUGCCAUAUUCCCAUGAUUAACACUUUAAUAACUAUUCACCUUGUCUAUUCUCCCCCUCCCCCCUUUUUUUUACAUAGUUCUUACUCCUCGAUUACUUCUCUGCCAUAAAGGGCAUGUGCAAAUCUUAAUGUGAUGUCAUUAAUGUACACAAAUCUUAAUGUGAUGUUAUUAAUGUAUAUAAAGCUGUGUAGUAUAUGUUUAUAAAACUGUAUGUUCACUAAGCUUUCAAACAUUCUUUUAAUGACAUCCAUACAAUUUUUACAAAUUGUCUUAUAUUAAAUAUGAUUCAUUAAUGAUGAUGUCAUUACAAUUUUAACAAGUUCUCUUAUGUUAAAAAAGAUUCAUUAAAUAUUUCAUUACAACUUUAACAAGUUAUGUUCAAUAUCAUUAAUUAAUUAUACAUAUACAAUUUUUACAAGUUGUCUUAGGUUAAAUAUGUUUCAUUAAUAAAUGAUAGCUCUUCAAUUUUAACAAGUUCUCCUAUGUUAAAUAGGAUUCAUUUAAUGAUCCAAUUACAAUUUUUACAAUUUGUCUUAUACUUAUGUUGAAUAUGUUUUCAAGAUGAUUGUCUUUUAAAUGUUAUUGAGAAAAGUGCAAUACAUUUUUAUUAAUCUAUAAGGGUAUGAAGCUAGGUUGUUAUUUGAUGCUAUUGCUGUGAAAAAUGUUAAAAUGGUUUUAUUUAUUUAUUUUAUUUUCAUCUUCCUGAAAUUUAAAAUCACAUUCACAGUUUCCAACCUAGAAAUGAUACAACAUUUUUGCUUUAAGAAAACAGUGUAAAAUAGAUUACUUACUUUAGUCACCAUAACACACAAUUAUUAGUUUUGUUUUCAUUACAUGGCAGCAACUGUUUUAGCUCAACUACAUCAUGUAAUAUGUUUUUACUGAAUAGUUUUUCUCACAGAUAUCAGAUAUUCCCUUUGAACUGGAGGAUUCAGCUGACAGAAUAAAGUGUGUAUCUAACAAUUUGGUCCUGUAGAUUGAUAUAGUUUUUGGCUGUUAGAUGUGUCGCCAUUAUAUUUUCUCUAAACAUUCCUACAGCAGGACUUCACUAUCAAGAGAUUGGUGGUGUCUACAAAAAUGUUACUGUAAAUCCUAACCAAAUUGUGCUUAAUUGUCAUGAAAACUGGCUCAUUUCAGUUAAUAAACCAUUCUUUUCAAUGUUUCUUUACA